AUGGCUGCAGAACCAGUAGAAGACAAUUGCAUCAGCUUUGUGGAAAUGAAAUUUAUUAACAAUACACUUUAUUUUGUAGAAGACCUGGAAUCAGAUUACUUUGGCAAGCUUGAACCUAAGCUCUCAAUCAUACGAAAUUUGAACGACCAAGUUCUCUUCAUUAACCAGGGAAAUCAACCUGUCUUUGAGGAUAUGCCUGAUUCUGACUGUUCAGAUAAUGCACCCCAGACCAUAUUUAUCAUAUAUAUGUACAAAGACAGCCUCACUAGAGGUCUGGCCGUAACCAUCUCUGUGCAGUGUAAGAAAAUGUCUACUCUCUCCUGUGAGAACAAAAUUCUUUCCUUUAAGGAAAUGAAUCCUCCUGAUAACAUUGAUAAUGAAGGAAAUGACAUCAUAUUCUUUCAGAGAAGUGUUCCAGGACAUGAUGAUAAGAUACAGUUUGAGUCUUCAUUGUACAGAGGAUACUUUCUAGCUUGUGAAAAAGAGAAUGACCUUUUCAAACUCAUUUUGAAAAAACAAGAUGAUAAUGGAGAUAAAUCUAUAAUGUUCACUGUUCAAAACCAGAACUAG